UUUCUAAAAUAUGAAGUAUUUCUAAUGCAAAUUAAAUAUUUCUUACUUAAGUAAGUGCAAUCUAUUUUCUAUCGUAGAACCAUGUUACCCGCUGACGACGUCCAAGCUCUUUACAGCACCCGACCAACUCCCAUGCAUACUGAGAGUACAGCACUUGUCGCGACAUUGGUUACCGCAUUAAUCGUACUGCUGCGUAAGAGUUUCCACCUCUCCAAUGAGUUUAGCCAGAAUUCGAGAAGAUCCUCCAGCAUAACGGAACCCUUAAUGCCUCCGCGACUGAAGUCGGACUCGGGCUUAUAUGAGCUCCUCGACCGACACAAGAACAGAGGAAAAGUGGCUCGAAAUCAAGCAUUGGAUGCUUUUCGAGGACUCACCUUGAGUCUCAUGGUCUUUGUGAAUUACGGAGGCGGUGGCUUCGCUGUCUUCACUCACAGUAUCUGGGACGGACUGACAAUCGCUGACUUAGUCUUCCCUUGGUUUGCGUGGAUCCUCGGAUUCAGCGUCUUCUUAUCCUCUGAUAGUAGUCGAGAGACGUCGAAGCUGGAAGCAUUUAGCCGCAUCGGCCAACGAACAGUAAAGCUCUUCGUGUUGGGUCUCUUCAUCAAUAAUGGAGACACCUGGAGCGAGUGGAGAAUCCCCGGUGUGCUACAGGCUCUCAGCUUCGCGCACCUGAUCGUUGCUGUGGCUGACUGGUUCUUACCAUUGCAUGAUCGCAGAAGAACCAGCUUAUAUCGCGUACUGGUCUGGCAUUUGAUUCUCGGUGUUUUACCAUUAAUUCUUGUCAAUCUGCUGCUGACGUUCACGCUACACGUGCCUGGUUGUCCGGCGGGGUACAUUGGUCCUGGUGGUCAAGCAGACGGUGGAGUGUACCGUAAUUGCACUGGUGGGGCUCAUUUGUACGUGGAUUCGCUCGUGUUUGGGCUUCACCACAUUUUCCAGACGCCAACAUGCCAGCAACGCUAUCAAACUGGUCCCUACGACCCCGAAGGGCUAUUGAACUGGAUCAUGGUGGCAACUACGGCGUACCUUGGAUAUCUACAAGCUGCACUGCUCACGAUAACCCUGGAACAGUCGCAGAGCCGCCAAUUACGACUCCUUACGGUCUGUGGAAGUGGAUUAAUAUUGUCAGGCAUCGUGAGCGGAGGUCUCUGGGUAUUUCCUCAUGGCCCGUGGAUUCCACUAAACAAGAAUCUGUGGUCCCUUUCAUAUGUUUUGUUGAGCUCGGGCUUGGCGUCUUGGCUGUUAGCACUGCUCACAAUUCUUAUUAAUGGUGAAGCGAGAGUGAGAUGGUCUGGCGCUCCUUGCACCUCCGUGGGCAAGAACUCAAUCUUCAUUUAUGUGAUGCAUGAAGUUUGUCAGUAUUUUGCUCCGUUUGCCGCGAAACCUCUGCAGACUGGAGAGAGGCUACCACAAUUCGAACUACUGCUCUACAAUCUUGUCGGUCUAUUCACGUAAGAGCUACGCUUAUCGUCUAAGACCAUCUACAACUUUGUUGAGUGUUUUGGUGUUUCUUGCAGGUGGAUCAUCGUAGCACAAUGGAUGGACCUACAGAAGAUAUUUAUCAAGGUUUGAGGGGCCAACACUUCUUCAAUAAUGGUAACACGAUAUCAUGCGACUUUUUUUAAAUGGAAAAAGUCUUACAUAUCUCGAAUAGUUAAUGCAUUCUGUUUACGGGUUCUCUUUGGCAGAGUCUAC